GUUAUACUCUAUGGAUGCGGAUCCUAACCUCCUAACCAUAACCUUUUCCAUAAACACGUGGGACUCCGUGGAGAUUGAAGGUUUUGAAGGCUGAAUGCUUUUAAUACCGGAGUUGGAUAAUAAUAAUCUCGUAAUCUCUGUUUAUUCUUCCCGUACUACGACUGACCAAAUCGGACUUGACUUGGGAAUCGGCUUCCUUUACCAAAGAAAGAAGAAGAAGACUUAAAGAUACAGGCAAAUAUUAACAGUUCGUUGAAGUAAACGAGAUCUAGAACAAGAAUAAGGACUUAUCUGCUGUAUAAUUUCAACAACGGAUUGAAGACACCUGAAUAAUAUCUGGUGGAGUUUCCAGAUGAGAAGAGAAAAAAUUCGUGAAGAGUUGAAAUAAAUUUGUCGCAUCGUUUAUCUGUCGAUAAGAGAAACAUGAAAAAUCUAACAGUUUGCCAAGUAAAUAGUAGAAGUCUCAAAUUUUUGCAAAACGUAGAAGUUGCGUCUAAUCGAGAACUCUUGAGAGACAUACAAUGUGCUAUCAAUACAAGUUACAACGACAUUUACGUUCUAUUGGGCGAUCAUCUCCAUGCAAUACCAUCUUCAGUCGAAGAGGCAGAUGUUACCUGUGUAGACAAUAGACAGUAUUGUUCUUCCAAAAUAGUCGCAAUGGACUAUUGUGUCAAUCUGCAGGAAUUGUAUUGUGCCUUCGAGUCAGGCGAUAUUGCCAAAAUCGAGAUGAUAGAUCAGGAUCACAUUACUUACAAUGUUUUAAAUACAAAUCUCGAUAGUGGCUUACAGUGUAUGAAAUUUAGUCCGGAUCAUGGAAUCAUUGCUGGUGUGACAAAUACAGGAAUGGUAAUCACUAUGGUAUCAACCUUCCACAUAAUGUCAAAGGUAGAUUUAUAUUCAGAUGAGUUCGGGCAGAAUGAAUUUGUUACUGUUGGUUGGGGUAAGAAGGAAACUCAGUUCCAUGGUUCAGUGGGUAAAGCGGCGGCUCAAGCUAAACCGAUAGAACUAACGCCAAAUGAGCACGACGACGGUCUUGCUCGAAUCACUUGGCGCAACGAUGGUGCCUUAUUCGCCGUCAGUUUUCUGCACAAGGAAACGAAAAUUCGAAAAUUCAAGAUAUUCGACAGGGAAGGUGUAUUGUGUUCUACCAGCGAUAAAAUGAACGGAUUGGAAGAAUGUAUAGUCUGGAGUCCGUGCGGAGGUCUGAUUGCCAUACCCCAAGUAUCGGACGAUAAAUAUGUUAUUGCAUUUUUUGAGAAGAACGGCCUUAAAUACGCGGAUUUGACACUUCCCUUCAAGCCUCAAGAAGCAAAGGUGAAGGAUCUGCUCUCGUCACCAUGUUUAGAUAUUUUGGCUGUUGUUUGCCACCAAUCAGAAACUAAUACCACGCUGAUACAACUGUGGACUGAAAAUAAUUGUCAUUGGUAUCUUAAGCAAACUCUCGUCUUUUCUGUGGAGAGUCCACUGUUGUAUGCUACAUGGAGCAACAAAGAUAUCGAUAAAAAGGAAUUGAUUUGUUUAACGACGAAAGAGCUCGCUUUCUAUUCGUUUAAUUGGUGCGUGAAUCAUAGCAGGGGCAAAACUGAGAAUGACAAAAGUGUGGUUGGCGUUAUUGAGGGAAACAAUAUUUUAGUUACUAGUUUUAAAGAUGGAAUUGUUCCACCGCCAAUGGCGCAAUUAUAUUUGCAAACUUCGGAGUCACAAAAUGCAAUUGUUUUUGCGCCAAAUAUUAAUAAUGAGUCAUCUUCGACAAACUGCAACGAAUUCUGUACCGUUUCAUGUAAUAAUAAGUUGACGUAUUUCAAAAAGUCGAAGGCCAUACUAAUUUAUGAAGAUGUAAACUUGGGUAAUAUUGAUUUUGGCAUUUUGGCACUAUACGAUAUGAAGAAUGAAGUAUUGAGCAUUAAACGCCAUUACUACCCGUAUAAUUUCUUAUGGUUUACGGAAGACAUUAUAUUGUUCGCCAUAGUUUCAAACAACUUUAAUCUCUUGUGUGUUUUAUCUCUAAAUAAGACACAUUCUAAGGAUCGUCUCAGAAUAGAGGAAGUUCAUACUUUGAAUCAUCCAAUAGAGCAUAUAAUUUCUUCCCCCGACACAAAUACAGCUUACAUAAAAGCGAAGGAGCAAAUAUUUAAGUACACGCGGGAUGGAAAAUUUAAUCCAACAAAUAUAACGUUAGAUAGGCUGUGCGUUCAAAUGGAAGUUAUAAAAAUUGAUUCGAAAGACGUUAUUCUUGCUCUGUCUCUGGACAACAGUUUCUUCGUUGACGGAAAGGAAAUUGCCAAGAAUAUUACAAGUUUCCAUGUGUAUCCUGAUUUCAUAAUUCUCACAACACUGCAAGAUACAUUGAUUUGUGUUCCAUCGAACGAAGCUGGUAUAAAGCAGCUGAGGGUAAACGAUUUGACCGUCAAGCCCUGGUUGAAUACUAUAAACAAGACGUCACUUUCAGAUAUCUACAUAAGACGUCUCGAAAAGGGUUCUUGUAUAAUAGCAGCGAUACCACAAGAGUCAAAGAUAAUUUUACAGAUGCCUAGAGGGAAUCUAGAAUGUAUACAGCCAAGGGCGUUAACACUGCACGUAAUAAAAUUGUAUCUUAAUAACUGUAAUUAUUGGGUGGCGUUUGACAUAAUGACUAAACAACGCAUAAACUUGAACCUAACAUACGAUCAUAAUCCACAAUUGUUUAUGGAUAACGUGAAUAAAUUCGUCGAAGAUAUUGUACAACAUAAAAAAGCGAAUUGGUUGACUCUGUUCUUGUCAGAAUUACAAAACGAGGAUGUCGUCAGUACGAUGUACGCCAAUUGUUACGCUGAUCACGCCGCCAAAUCUGGCACAGAACGUAACAAAGCUGCGAUUAAUAAGGUAGACAAAAUCUGUAAAUUAUUAAGAGAGGUCAUGGAGAAACGCGACGAUGCGGAUGAUUUGAUAGAACCGAUACUGAUAAGUCUGGUGAAGAAUCAACAAAAACAGGGAUUGGAAAAUGCACUUAGUAAGAUAAAACAAGUCAAAACGUCGGAGGAUUUACAGAAAUUAACGCCACGCGAUUCUUCCUUAUCUGCCCACGGUGCACUGAAAUGUUUACUGCAUUUUGUAAAUAUAGAUACGUUGUACGAAGUUGCAUUAGGCAUGUAUGAUUUUGAACUCGCAAUGUUCAUAGCUUCCAAAUCAUCGAAGGAUCCCAAAGAAUAUGUUCCAUUCUUGAACAAUUUGAAAAAAUUAGACGAGAAUCACAUGAAGUAUUCUGUUAAUAUGUAUCUCAAACGUUAUGAAUCAGCAUUAGAGUUCUUGUCUAAGGAUGUAAGCAAGUUUGAAGAAUGCCUAAAUUUAAUACGUACUUGGCACUUGUACGCGAUGGCAAUAAGAAUGUUUGAGGCAGGCACUGUAUAUCAUAAAAGGGUGGCUGAAAUUUACGCGGAAUUUUUAUCAAGUAAACAGAAAUAUACAGAAGCCGGUAUGAUGUUUUAUAGAAGUGGCGAUCUUGACAAAGCUAUACAAAACUUUAGCAUGUCAAGUGAUAAUUGGGAGGAUGUAAUCGCAAUAUUAAAAGAAAUGAAAUUGAGCCCAGUAGAUCUACAUGCACGUUAUAAGGUACUAGUUGAACAUUUGAAAGCCGAACGUAAAUAUGGACAUGCUGCUGUGAUAUUAAAAGAAUAUUUAAAUGAUAUCGAAGAAGCAGUUGCGCUAUUGUGUGAGGGAAGAAUCUGGAAACAUGCGAUACGAAUAGCGAACGAUGCUCAACGUUUGGAUCUGAAUGAGACACAUAUUAAACCUGGAAUAAAGAAACAUGCAGAACAUGUGCUUUCACAAUUGAAUAAAAUGGUGGAAGAGUUUCUCAGAUAUAAGUUACGCCUUGCUGUAGUGAGAAUGGAAUUAAAAACAAAACAAAUGCAAUUACAUGAGAGGACCUAUGAUGAUGAACCAGAAUCUAACAAAGAAAUUCCAGAUUCAAUUAGUGACGCAAUCAGUAUUGCAGAUUCUGUUUCAAGUCGAAUGUCACAAUUAUCGAUAUCUUCUAGCAAAAGCUAUCGGUCAAGUAAGAAUCGUAGGAAACAAGCGAGAAAGCUUUUGAGUUUAAAGGAAGGGAGUACGUUUGAAGAUAUAAGCUUAAUACACGCUCUCUAUCAAAUCAUUAGCAAUGCGUACAAGGAUAGAGAUGAAUGGCUCGAACUGACACAAGCGUUAGUACGAUUCGAAUUUGAUAUAAGCGCAUCCGAGAUCUUAGAGAAGCAAAAGAGAUUCUUUCUACUGAUAGAAAGUAGCAAAUCUGAAAUUUGGGACAGAUCAGCUCCUACAAGUUUAGCUGAGAUAGAAAAAAGAGCAAGUUAUACACAAGGACAGCUUCAAGAAAUUCUUGCACCCAUUAAAUUAAUGGGUAAGUAUUCAUUGUAUCAACCUACUGCAGUCACAAAAUAUACAGCAGAUUCAUAUUUCUUGCAUUCAUUUUGAUUUUUAAUAAUCUUUUUACUUUUUAUUUUAUUUUUAUUUUUUUUUUUUUGUUUUUUUUUUCAGAACGCUGCAUAAUGUUUCCACCUGAGGCCGAGAGACCAUCACGUGAACUAAAUAUUUUUUAGAAAUUUUUUUUUUUAAUAUUUUCUAGUAUUAAUCUAUGAAUGUAAGAAAAACGUUAUCACAUAAUAUGCGAGACUGAUGUAAUACAAAUAAAUUAUAGUAAUUUAGUUUUUUUAUUUACAAA